AUGAGAAAGUCUGUGAGUGUAUCGUCUGAGAGCUCCCUGCCGCCGCCGGAGGACGACGUGGACUCGGUGUGCUCCGACGAGCUGCUGGGCUCGCAGUCCCGCCGCUGGCUGGCGGAUAUUCUGAGCGGGGGCAUGCCGCCGGAGAGCGGCGAAGUGAGCCCGGUGAGCGGGCUGUUCGUGGACUUUAACUUCCCCCUGGGAGAGCUGGAGAUGCAGCCCGGGGUCAAGUGGAAGCGACCAAAGGAACUCUGUUCAUCACCUCAGUUCAUAGUAGAUGGCGCAACGAGGCUGGAUGUUCGCCAGGGGAAACUCAGUGACUGCUGGUUACUUUCGGCUAUAGCGUCUCUCUCCAUGAAUCAAUCGCUGCUCAAGAAGGUUGUGCCUCUGGGCCAGGGCUUCCAAGACGGAUACAAUGGUUGCUUCACUUUCAGGUUCUGGCAGUACGGUCAGUGGGAGGAGGUACGGAUCGAUGACCUGCUGCCCACUGUGGACAACAAUCUGAUCUUCCUCAGCUCUCCAGAAGGACAAGAGUUCUGGAGCGCCCUGCUGGAGAAAGCCUACGCCAAGUUGAAGGGUGGCUACCGAGCUCUGGACAUGGGCUUCCCUCAUGAGGCCAUGGUGGAUAUGACGGGCGGGGUGACAGAGGUUUUACAGGUGGCCUCACUUCCCAGAGACUUGCCGACCUUCCUCAGACACCUGCUGGUCAGAGGAGCACUCAUCAACUGUGCCAACUGCCAGGGUCCUCUGGAGCAGAGGAAUGAACUGGGAAUCAUGUUUAGACAUGCCUACGCUCUGACUGCAGUGGAGAAGGUGAGGACGACACACAGCACUGAAUAUCUGGUGCGAAUCCUCAAUCCUUGGGGCAACACAGAGUGGGAGGGGCCCUGGAGUGACUUCAAAGGUAAAGAGUGGAACACAGUGAGCAUUGAGGAGCAGAAACGACUCGGCAGAGUCAGACAGGAGGACGGAGAGUUCUGGAUGUCGGUGUCGGACUUCCGACAGAACUUCGAGGUGAUGGAGGUCUGUCACCUGACCGAGGCUUUCAGUGAACCGGGCUCCAGCAUGUUGCCUUUGAGCUGCAUUAUGCAUCAUGGCAACUGGGCGCCGAAUAUCACAGCAGGAGGCUCUCCUCAAGGAGGUUGGUUCUAUCAGAACCCCCAGUUCUACUUUGUUCUGUCAAAGGCGGACCAAAACCCCGACAGCGCUCAGAAGACCUGCUCCUUCGUUUUGGCUCUGAUGCAGAAACACCAGAGACGAAGAGGCAUUAGUCUAGCCAUCGCCCUUCACGUAUACCCGGCCCAUCCUAAGAAUACGUACCUGUCCCGCGAGGACCUGAGCGUGCUCCGCCCAGUCCUCUACAGCCCCCAGUAUGUCGCACGGCGGGAAGUUGUUCUUCGUGGCUCGCUCCCACCGGGUUGCUACAUCAUCAUCCCCUCCACCGGAGAGCCUAAUCAGCCGGGAGCCUUCCUCCUGCGGGUGCUGACGGAGCAGGGCAACAAUGCCACACCAGCUCGAAAACCAUCAACAGAAGACGUCGCAUCAAUAACAGAGCUUUCAUUUCCUCACCAAGCUGCCCUCCCUUCACCUCAGGCCAUCAGACAGUUAUUUCAGAAACACUGCAACAAGAAGGGAUUUUGCAAACCACUGCACCUCUACAAACUUCUGACUGAGGCCAUUCAGGGUGGAGUGCUGGCAGGAAGCGAGAAGUACUUGGCUUUGGAGCACUGCAAGAGCCUGGUGGUCCUCAUGGAUAGCCAAGGCAUCGCUCAGCUAAACUGGCCCGAGUUCCAGAGUCUUUGGGACAAGAUCAGGAAGUGGACGGAUAUCUUCCUCAUGUAUGACAAGGACAAAACUCAGCACCUCGAAUAUCAGGAGGUCAUGCCCUCGCUGAAAGCAGCAGGCAUCCGGGUGGACGAGUUGGUGAUGCAGCUGGUUGGACUGAGAUACACGGAGCCAGACAUGACCAUCAGUUACCCCGGCUUCCUGUACCUGCUGAUGAAACUGGAGAGCAUGAUCCACAAAUUUCAAGCAUACGACGUGAUGGGAACGGGAGCAGUAACCAUCAGCUACAGACAGUGGCUCCACAUGACCAUGUACAACUGAACUGAACUGCUCUACCCAGACACCCUCACCUGGAUCACCUCAGUUUCGUUUUUCCUGCUCUUUUUUCAUGUUUGUACAUUUGUGUGUAGUUUUGUGGCAAAAAUGUUUAUUGCAGAAAAAGAAACAUAUACCAAACAGAAAAGUGAAUAUUUCUGAAGCUGUUUUUCUUUCCUCACACACUCAAAC